AUGUCGGCUGCCGAUGCCGGAUCAGGCGGCGUGCCCGACCGCGGUCCCGCCGUCUUCGCGGUAACGACGGCCACCUUGGUUUUGGCUUCUGUUUUUGUCGCUGCACGGUUGUACACUCGGCUUGGAAUCGUGCGAAAUAUCAGUUGGGACGACUAUUUCAUCGUACUCGCCUGGUUUUUGGCCUUCGGCUUGAGCUUUACUAUCGAUCUUGGAGCGACGAAGGGCCUCGGACGAUAUGAUGCGGACAUUGUGGCCGAUGAUUGGAAUGACCUUCGCCGUUGCGAAUAUGUCUUCUCUAUUAUAUAUAAUCCCGCGCUUAUGGCCACGAAGACGUCAAUUUUAAUAUUUUAUUUGCGCCUAUCUCGGAAUACUCAGCAAGUCCUUCGCUUUGCGUCCUGGGUUGUGCUGGGGGUUGUCAAUGUUGCUGGGACUGUUCUAACGCUGUUGAAUAUUUUUCAAUGUCGUCCUGUGCAGGCCGCAUUCGAUCGAUAUUCUGGCGACGCCAAUUGCAUCCCCCUCCUGACCGAGUUCAUAUGUUCUGCCCCUGUCAAUAUCGUCACGGAUCUCGCUAUUUUAGCACUGCCGCUCCCGGUACUUACAGGCAUGCGGAUCCCCUACCGACAGAAGAUUAUCUUGGUUCUUACUUUUACGCUGGGUAUCUUCGUCACAAUAGUUGACGUAGUCCGCAUUUACUAUCUCCAGCAGGCCAUCACGGCGGUGUCCCCAGGUGUAUCCAACAAUCUCGAGGCAACCUUUGGCGAUCAAGCAAAUUUCGCCUGGAAUGCGUCGCUAUCGUUGAUGUGGUCUGCCGUGGAGGUCAACGUGGGAAUAGCAUGUGCUUGCAUCCCGACUCUGAAGCCGCUUUUCGUACGCAUACUCCCGGCUAUGAUCAUUGACCCUGACGGCACUCUGCGAAAAGGUUCGGACACUGAGAAACAACCUUCAGACUCGUCCAGGAUGAGCCACACUGCCCGAGGACCGAUGCUCGGCCCAGUCCUAGAACCUCAGGAAGCUCAGCCUGCCCAGCGCAGAGCAAGUCAUUCACAGGGCAGCUCAGACUCCCAAAUCACUGCCUUGGACUUUCUCACAACGCCAGAUAUGACAGGUCCGGCCGGCCCAACCUCGCCGACAUUCGUCCCCAGGACCAGCAUCACCAUGACUUCCGCCGACAACUCUGUUUACUUCGGCUUCGUCAAUAUGAAACGGCCCAAGUCUAUGAUUAGAACGUCGGCCAGAGAUUCGUUCAAGUACUGCACAGUAGUCACCAUUCUCUUUGUGCUUUGGGGUUUCUCGUAUGGCCUUCUUAACACUCUCAACAAUGUCAUCGCCACCGUCGCAGAUAUGACGGUGGCUCAAACACUGGGACUGACCAGUAUGUACUUUGGAGCCGGAUAUUUCUUUGGUCCCCUGAUAGUUGGCGAGUGGAUCCUCCGACACGACGAGCAUCGCCGCACCAAAAAGUCGAACGGAAUGCCUUCCAUAGGUGGCUUUAAAGCUACCUUCAUGCUGGGUCUGUGCAUCUAUGGAACCGGAACUAUCAUGUUUUGGCCAUCUGCCGUGCUCACGUCAUUUGCCGGAUUCAUGAUCAGCAGCUUUAUCGUAGGAUUCGGUCUGGCCGUUCUGGAGACAGCUGCAAACCCGUUCCUCGCACUCUGUGGACCCAUGGACUACGCCGAGAUGCGACUUUUGCUCGCACAGGGCGUCCAGGCUGUCGCUACCGUUGUCGCGGGUGUGCUGGCUCAGAAAGUAUUCUUCACGCAAAUUGGGGGCAGUGUGAAGACGGACUCGGCUACUUUGUUAGAUGUUCAGUGGACAUACUUGGCUAUCACACUGCUCUGUGUCUUACUGGCUCUCUUCUUCUAUUACAUGCCCUUACCUGAGGUCACCGAUGCUGAAAUGGAGAACUCUACCAGAUGGCUUCCGGUGGAUCCUAAAAAGCGGAGUGUCGGUGGGCUAGAGCUGCGAACAUGGACGUUGUCUUUGGCUGUUCUCGCCCAGUGGUGCUAUGUUGCGGGCCAGGAGAUUAUGAGUAUUUUCUUUCGAGGUUUACUUACACCCGAUAAUUCUGGGGACACUGCAACCAACAGAGACGAUCAUCCGGCAGAACUGUCUGUAUCUAUUUCGGAUUACCUCCUCAUAGGGCAUACUGCGUUCGCCAUCUCGCGAUUCUUUACAGCAUACCUGGCCUAUUUAUCACCGACGCAUCCCAAAGUUCCGCAGCCUCGGACUGUUCUCACCAUUUGCACCGGACUCACGAUCGUGUCCGCCAUCCUGGUGGCGGCACUACGUCCAAAGAAUAACCCAAAUCUUUUGGCAAUUCCGGCCAUCUUAUUUUUCUUCUCCGAGGGUCCCAUGUGGCCCUUGAUCUUUGCCCUUGGACUUCGUGGACAAGGCAAACAUACCAAAUGUGCGUCUGCUUGGAUUACCAUGGGCGCCUCGGGACCAGCCUUUUGGCCCUUUGUUAUCUACGGAAUCAAGCAAGCCGGGCGCGACUAUCAAAUUGCUUUCAUUGUGGUACCCGCUCUUCUGGUCAUCAUGUCGAUGUUCUCGUUGUUCUUGGACCUGAAGAGAGAUGCCAGGUCAUUGGUCGAUGCUCGUGUGGGUGCUGAGGAGCAACUACGCAUCAUAGCCAGCGGCAAUGAAGAGCUCGAUCUUCACAACGUCAUACUCCGGCGGCGACGAACUGGGUCAAUUGCAACCGAACACCCUCCCAACUUCGUCAAGAGGCUAUCGAUGACCUUGGGCAAAGGGCUAGGACAUCUCCGGCGGAACUCUGGAAACUCUGAACCUGCGACCACGGAACAUCAUGAAGUGAAACGAUACAGUCCGGGGUGA